GUACUGAUAGGCGGGAAAGAUUAAUAAGUGUACAAAGUCCGUAGACAAUGUCCUAUCUGUGACACAUCAACAUAGCAUCAAUCACUAUCAAAUAACUUCACCAUCGAUAAUUCAGUGCAGCCUAACUUGAAAUAAGGACAGUGUCAUUCUAAACAAAGGGUAAGUACUUUAAUGGAGGUGUAUUUUCGUUGUAUUUUUUGUUCCUUUCUUUUAGAGAGAACCAAAUUUACUUUAAUAAUAAGGUAUGUAUUUUAAAUUGUAACAAAUAGGCCUAGGACUUUUCAACUAUACAAAUAAAAUUUAGAUAUAUUUUUACAGCCACUAGACUUAAUUUAAAAUAAGCAUUAAUGAUAAAUAUAAUUAGGCAACAAAUAAAAGCCCUAAGUGUGAAAAUUGAUAAAUUCAGAAUAAUUUUUCUUAUCAGAGAGUUUUCGAGACAUGCCUGUAUGAAGAUAGGAGCUCAACCUGGUUAUAACAUGCCUCCAGUUCCAUGAUUCAGAACAAUUAUUUCGGUGAUCUGAGCAUACAUUUAAAUUAAUAUUAAAAUGUAUAUUUAAAUUAUAUUUAUUUUUUAAACAUUGUUCUAAUUCUAAUUAAUAAAAAAAACACAACACAUGUUUAUGUUUCUUUAUAAUUACUUUUGAAUGUUCGUUUGUCAAAUGGUAGGGCCUAUAUAUUGGAUACAAACAUACCACGUUCAAAAAAAUAAUAAAGGAUGACGUCCAGUAAAAAGAUAAAAUAAUGAUAACAUUUUAAAAUAUCAAUUUUUCAUGGUAAAAAUGUUUGUUUUUUUUCAUGGGAGUUUCGAUGUUUUAAGUUGUAUAUUAUAGUUUGGCAUUUUAAGUACAUUGAUUUAUCGGUGACCUCAGUGACUCACUCAUGCUUCACUCAACCUCUGAAAUGCAUCGUCCUAGUUCAGUGGUCAGCAAACUCAUUAGUCAAAAGAGCCGAAAAUCAGCAGCAGAACAAUUUUUUUUUUAAAAAUUGAAAGUCAAAUUUCUUUUCAAGAACCUGUCAAGAACCAUGUUUUUCGGAGUCAAACCCGAUUUGUGGCCGACUGGCCGAGCCGCACUCAGGUCGCUAAAGAGCCGCGAUUUUCCGACCACUGUCCUAGUUGAUCAAUUGUAUGUCUCUUUUCAUUUUAUGAUUACCUACUGCCAUGAUUUAGUGCCGCCCGCCCGAGUUUAUAGUGUGAGAACUCUAUACAACACAUCGACGUUAUUUUCACGCCAUCCCUGUUCUGUCGUCAUGACUAAAACAUGUAAUGCCUUCAUAUGUGUUUCUGGACAGCUGUGUGAGGUAGCACGUCGUGGCAUGCAGUACGGAUGGCACAAUGUUACACCAUCACAGGGGGAUGACUCCAAAUGAAAAAAUUGGAUAGAGCUCGCUCGAGUAAAUUUCAUAGGAGAUCUAAGAUGCAAGGGAAGAGUGUCAUCAGAGCAGGUUGCAUCAGACCAGGCUGCCUUCAAAGCAGGGUAUCGCCGGAGCAGGCAGACUCGGAGAAGCUCAAUGGGGAAGUCUGGAAGGGGUGACAUCACGAGUUUAUCGCAGUUGGUGACACCAACCCUAGUGACGCAACUGGCUGAGUGUCUGACAGUCUGAUACUCAGUAAACAUUAAUGUUCCGAAGGAAUCAUGCAAUUGUUUUGUCAAUACUUCAAUGUCUUUAAGUGAAUUUUAACAGAUUUCUUUGUAAUAGACAUGCUCUUAUUAUUUUGUCAUUUACAGUGCACAAAAUGGGUAAACAACGAUAGACCUGCAACAGGCUAUAACAAUAAUAAAAAAAAAGACCAAAGUAAACUCCAACUACAUCCGGAAAAUAUUGAACGACUUCCAGUUCCUAGAUUUUCGCAGCCUUAAACUUAAAAAAAAAAUAUGUCAAGAUCACCGGGAUAUAAUGGAAAGGACACAAACCUCAGACCGCCCUCAGAUCGUGUUUCAACUACUGACCCACGUUCGUCGAUAGAUCCUGGAGCACCGGGAAUAGGUAACUCAGAAAUUAAGACUACUCCCGGCGCAACUGGAUCGAAUAAGAAAAAAAUAAUUUUGGAUAAGGCUUUCAAAAUCGGUCGCUUUGCUAAAAGAGCCCUGGGUGCGGUGGUACCUGGAGUCAUUCGCGCUUCAGGUUUGGGGGCUACGGGACUUGGACACGGCAGCAUGGCGGAAAGAGUUAUCUCUCAAGCGGCAACAUCCGGGUAAGUCUUUCUUUCUAAACUUGUGGACGUUAAUGGAGAUGAAAAGGUAUAUUUAGAAGCCAGUCCUACAACCAAUACAGGGAUGUUCAAAGGCUGAGGUUUUACUCGUACACACUUCAAAAACACCCUCAACCACAGACACACAUCCAAACAAACGAUAGUUCACAGAUGGGCUUGAAAAGUGACUGAUAUUUUUUAAAUGGACGGGAAUUAGAGCCUUGUGACCCUUAUCACAUCUAUCGUAGGGACACAUAUUUAGGCGUAUCCAUAUCCACAAUCUGUGUCAUCGGUGCAGAAAAGGGGUGCGGAGGGGGCGGUCCGUUAUGGGCGGCGCGUUUUUCGUUAUAUGGAGGGGCGGCAUUUUGAAUCAACUGCAGGGUUUUUCGUGGAAAGAGGGUGGCAAAAUUAUUGCUCCACGUCGGGUAGCCCUAACCCUAAGUACGUUACUGAUCUGUAGAUCUACAGCCAAUUAAUUAAUAAUAAUUAAUAUAAAUCUCUUUCCGAUGUAUACUAUGUUAUAAAAUAUAACGUAUCGAUUGUCCUCUAUUACCGUUAGAACUUUCAGAUUUAACUUAGGCCAUCAUCCUAAAGACGCUGACACUUCUUCUUGUUCAUGUUUCCAACAAAUAACUCGUUUUUGAGCUAUAAGUGGUCAUAUGAGCCCGUGGGUGGGUAUAAAAGCAAAACACUAGUUAGCAAGACUUGUCUACAGAAACUUGGCAGGAUUCGUUCUAUAUCUUUAAUAGAUUUUUUCUUCUUCUUCUAUUCUCCAAAAGGUCAUUUCCCCAACAUAGCCCAACCGCGGCGCACAGUUUCGGAAUGGGUGUGGUUUCAGCCCUUCAAUCUGCUGGGGGUGCUGCAAUCGACCUUGGAGCGAACACUGUUCUUGACCCCACAGCAGCUGCUCUGGGCAGAGCUGUGUUGGCAACAGCAGGAGAAGUCGCGACAAUGCACAUAAACCUCACACCGCCCUCGGACCAUGAUUCACGUUCGUCGUUACAUCCCGGGGCCACGGGAACAGGUCAAUCUGAAACAACAGCUAAUAAUGGCGCGACUGGAUCGGAUAACAUAACAACAAAUUUGGAUAAGGCUUUCAAAAUCGGAUGCGCUGCUGCUAGAGUUGUGGGUGCGGUGGCGCCUGUAGCCAUUCACGCUUCAGGUUUGGGGGCUGCGGGAAUCGGACACUGUAGCAUGGGGGAAAGAAUUAUCUCUAAAGCGGCAACAUCCCGGUAAGUCUUUCUUUCUAACUUGUGUAUGUUAAUGAAAAAUGAAAAGCUAUAUAUUUACAGCCAGUUUUAACCACUGCAGUAGUGUUCUAAGGCCGAAGCUUUAAUCGGACUCAAUUCGCUACCCACCCCCACCACACACACUACUUCGCCCCCCCCCAAAUAAAAAAAUAACACACACAUACACCCUCACAUUAUUUCGCCAUCAUACCCCCCACAUACGCACACACACACAGACACGUACAGAAGGAACAAAUCAAACGAUAGUUCACAGAUGGGCUUUGAAAAGUGACUGAUACUUUUUAAUAUGACGGGAAUAAGACCCUGGGGGCUUUUAUUACAUCAGCUAUCAUAGCGACAUAUAGUUAGGCCAUAGCCAUAUUUAUCUGUAACAGCGGCGGUGCAGGAAAAGGGCUGCGGAGGGGGCAGUCCGCUUGGGGGGGGGGGGCGGGGAAACGCGGGUUAUUUUUUUCAUUAUAUGGAGGGGAGGAAUUUCCACCAACUGCAGGGUUGUUUUUUUUUUGGGUUUUUUUUUUGUGUGGAAAGGGAGUCGCACAAUUCUUGCCCCACCGCUACUGAUAUGUAGAUCUACAGCCAAUAAUUUCUAAGAAUAGGGGGGGGGGGGGGGGAGACGCGGGUUAUUUUUUUCAUUAUGUGGGGGGGAGGAAUUUCCACCAACUGCAGGGUUGUUUUUUUUUUGGGUUUUUUUUUGUGUGGAAAGGGAGUCGCACAAUUCUUGCCCCACCGCUACUGAUAUGUAGAUCUACAGCCAAUAAUUUCUAAGAAUCUGUUUCCGAUAGUCAUAUACGAUGUUUUAAACUAUAAAGUAUUAAUUGUUUUCUAUUACUGUUAAGACUUUCAAAUUUCAAAUUCAAAUUUGAAUUAGGGUAUUAUCCUAAAGACGCUGACACUUCUUCUUGUUCAUGUAUCCAACAAAUAACUCGUUUUUGGAGCUAUAAGUGGUCAUAUGAGCCCGUGGGUGGGGAUAAAAGCAAAACCCUCGUUAGCAAGACGUGUCUACAGAAACUUGGCAGGAUUCGUUCCAUAUCUUUAAUAGAUUUUUUUUUUCUUCUAUUGUCCAAAAGGUCUUUUUCCCAACCUAGCCCAACCGCGGCGCACAGUUUUGGAAUGGGUGUGGUUUCAGCCCUUCAAUCUGCCGGGGGUGCUGCAAUCGACCUUGGAGAGAACACUGUUCUUGACCCAACAGCAGCUGCUGUGGGCAGAGCUGUUUUGGCAGCGGCAGGAGAAGUCGCGGCAAUGUCUUUAAAAAUCGAUGAUCAAGAUUUUGAGUCCGAAGGCUGGAACGGGGGCGUGGUAAGAAGAGGAAACGGAAAUGGAAACAAUGGAGAAUGCUGCGUUCGGGAGGACGGUACGGGUGCUAUUUUUCUCGAAGCCACUGAGAAACUAUAUCAUGUUGUCACAUGCAGUGAUGAAUUAGGCCUAACAGGAAGCAGAUGUGAGUUGGCUCUCGUUGAUCAGCAAAUCCCUAGUUGGUCGCAACAAGAUUACUAAUUUUUUUGUUUGUUUCACGAAAGCUUGUGGAGCAAUGUUACCUUUUUUCAGCAAUAUUAAUGUUUUAAUUACAUAUUUUAGCCUGAAUAAUGUGUUUCUAUCCUGUAUAAAAUAAAUAUCGUAAGCUUAGGACGCGGUAAAACUCAAUCCUAAAGUUCUAAGGCACAACAUUCAAAUAUUUCACACUAUUUAAUUCGGCUGUUUCUGUGCGGAGCAGAGACCAACCAUUUUCAUUAUUGACUAAUAGUACAGUAUUAUUACAGAAAACUGAUUAUAUUAUUACCCUCACAGUUUGUAGGUGAAAUGCCUCUUAAAACUGUUAUAGGCAUAUCUUUUUUAUUUCAAAAUAUUAUGAUACGCCUGUUGAAAACCUCUGGCAUAUAUCAUGUAGUAUAUAGCAUCAUAUACUAUGGUCCAUCCAUAUACAACGUACGUUAAGACCCCAUUCCCCCUGUUUCACCCGUAAUUUUUGAGCAACCCCAAUUCGUACGCGCAAUGAGCACUUUCUAACCUACACAUCCCCCCACCCCGAAAAAACAACAUUUUAAACCUUUUUUGUACAAGAUAAUUAAAUGAAGUCGUCAGUGUUUCCUAACUUGUGGCGUACACUCCACUUCAAAUCAGUCAGUAUGAAGCUUAUAAGAGGUCAUAUGUCUCAGGGAUAAUGAUGUAGGAAGGGGGGAGGGGUGGGGGGCACUUUUCUUAACUUGUGACAUGUAUUCCACUUCAAAUCAGUCAGUUUGAAGCUUAAAAGAGGACACAUAAGUCUCAGGAACAAUGAUGUAGGAAGGGGGGUGGAGUGGGCGGCACUUUUCUUAAAUUUGGCCAGGUGCCAUUUUUUUAUUAUCUGAAAUAUAAUGCAUUCACAAAAACCAGGGAGUGGGCGGCACUUUUCUUAAAUUUUGGCCAGGUGCCAUUUUUUAAUUAUCUGAAAUAUAAUGCAUUCACAAAAAACCAGGGUGGCUUUUUCCAUUUUUCUGAUUUUCUAUACAUUUAUUGGUGUACAAGUAUCGGCUUUAAUACUUUAAACCAAGUAAACCAUUCCUCUAAUUUAUUAACACAAUAUAAGAUAAAAAGUGAAUAGAUCAAUUUGGUAAUUUUAAUUUAAGAGAGCCUGAAUGAGAAUGACUCUAAGUCUUCAUCUGUACCUUUAAAAAGAAAACCGUUUUAAUGUAUUUAUUUCAGUAUUUUGACUUAAUUUUUUAAUUUUUUUGUUGUAUGUGCAUCCGAGUUCUUCAAUGUCAUGCUUGUAGAGUACUUCAAAUUCAAGGUUCUGAUAAUAAAAGAGUCAUCUCAUGACUUUACCUGAAGUCUGCUUCCAU